AUGGCAUGCCGGGAAUGCCAGGUGUUCCCCGGUCCUCAAGGACUCCAAGGAAGGGACGGUACUAAGGCAGAAAUUGGUGAUAAAGGAUCCCCUGGAAUGCCGGGUCCAAGAGGAGACAGAGGGCGAGAAGCGCCCCCCGGGAAGAGUGGACCCCGAGGAAUCAAGGGAAUAAAAGGUCAACCGGAACUUGUGGGUAUCAAAGGAGAGCGAGGCAUUGUGGGAAAUCAAGGAAGAAAAGGAGACAAAGGAGAGAAAGGAGAAAGCGCCAAAGCAAGUCAAGCAAGUAUAGUACCACAAACCGACUGGAAACAAUGUGUGUGGAAAUCAACCAGCAGUACUGAUAACGGAAAGAUUAAGGUAAUUAGAAUAAGAAUCAUGACACAAUCCUAAGAAAAUUCAUUCUUUUUUAAAUUAAUAAAAAUUCAAAGAUGAACGUCUCCCCUCUCACCCACAGCUGGCCAAACAUUACAUUAAUAACUAAGUUACAUUUCCCUCUACUUUGGUUCUUUUUGAAAGAAAAAAAAGAAAAAAGAAAAAGUAAAACCAACCUGCGUGAUAAAAUGAUUCCUGGUCAUAUGGAUAAGGACAACAAAAAUGAAGCUAUUACAGAGUUUUUAAACACAAGAAAGUAAUCCUGACAGGAGUACUUAGUAUUAUACACGUUGCUUGCCUUAUUACAAUAUGUUUGAUUUGUUUAAUUUUAUUCCAGGACUGUGCGUUUAACAAACUGCAGUCUAAUUCAGCGUCUCAUUCCAGGGCAACACGAGGGUCUUUAGUCAUUAUAAGUGUAACCGGUGGUAUUUCAAGUUCAAUGGAAAUGAAUGCAGUGGACCAAUGACGAUCGAGGCUGUUGUUUACAACAACUGGCCAUCUGGGAACCCUAAUCUGCUGCAUCAUCGAUCAUUUGAGGGGUACUGUGAAAACAUCCCACAAGGGGCGGUCAGAGUGAAAUUAUGGGUAGGAAAGUGUAGCGGCUACACCUUGGGUAAUGCUGAAACUGGGUGGAAUUCAGUGUCCCGGAUAAUGAUUGAAGAAGCAUCUAGGUCCCAGUCCUAA